AUGUCGAUCGAACAUUUUCCUUGUAGUCCCUUAUCUCAUUCUUUCCUGAAUAAGGUCAACUGCAUUCGUAACGCUCGGACUGCGGCUGACGUCGAACACGCGUGUUUCGUCUUUAACAAAGACAUGUUUGCGUUGCAGGAAAAUGACGAACGUUGCGAAGAUGCGGUCCCACUUAUUCAGGAACUUUUGGAAUUCGGAACAGCUCAGACUUUGUGUGACAAAUUCCGUCUGGCGAACGACAGCCCCCAGCUGACCGAACUCGUCACGGCCAUCAUGAUGCUGUUGAAAGGCACGCACGGGAACGGUACGGAACACCGGUCGUUGCCUCCAGACCUCCGUAGCUGCCAAGCUGUCGAAACAGUACUGCAUACCAUCCAACUUUUUCCGGACGAGCACGAUUUACAAGCCUAUAGUGUCCAUACGCUUUAUCUGCUACUCAAAACGAGUAGAGAUGACGGAUAUCACGAUUUGGAGCGAUCCGCUCGAUCCAUUGGAGCAGUAGUCUUGGGAGUCAUGGAACGUUUCGAGUCUUCCCCUUUCUUCUUUGUCCAAUCGACCUUGAUUUUAGAGCUGAUACUUGCCAACAUGAACAAGAACACUUCACAACAAUUCCGCAAAAAGGCCCUUGCCCGCAUUCAAGUUGGGUUGGACGUCGUCCCCGAAGCCCUCGAUACGGCAAGGGCUGUUCUCAAUAUGCUGGCGCCGAGUACUGGGAAAUCAAUAACCGCAUUUAUUUAA